AUGACCCUCCCUACCGACGCUCCUGCAUCGACCUACACUGUCUUCGCCUCGGGCCCAGAAGGCGGAUUCUUUGUCGAGAAGACACUUGAACUGCCAACACUUGGCAGGAACGAUGUCGCGAUAUCGAUCAUCUGCUGCAGUGUUUGCUACACCGACACCAUGAUUGCUACCCAGGCAGAGGGUCAAAUCGCUGGCCAUGAGUGCAUUGGCCGCGUCGACUUCAAGGGCGAGGAUGUGACCAAUAUUGAAAUCGGAGACAUUGUUGGUUUGGGCUACAUCCGCUCUACUUGCCUUCAGUGCUCCUUCUGCCUCAGCGGACAGGAGCAUAUGUGCCCGAAAAUAAAGACUUUUGUGGACGGCAUCGGCGGAUUCGCCAAUGCGUCUAUCUGGGAUUCGAGAUUCGUUUACAAGAUUCCCGAAUCGAUCGAGCCACGACACGCGGGGCCGCUGACUUGUGCUGGUGCGUCGGUCUUUGGUGCGCUCUAUGGCUAUAAUGUCAGUCCGACCUCGACCGUGGGUGUGGUCGGAUUAGGCGGUUUGGGACACCUGGCUAUCAAGUUUUCAAAGGCGUGGGGUUGCAAGGUUGUUGCAAUAUCGUCGACCCGUGAAAAGGAGCAAGAUGCGUACGCUUUUGGUGCUCACGAAUUCAUUUACACAAAGGACCCUAUUACGACCUCGACCAAGAUGGACUACAUCAUCAACACAGUGGCAGGAGAUCUUCCCUGGGGUGUCUUUGUGAAUCUUCUAGAGUCAAAUGGAACUCUGAUCAACAUGGGUGUUUGCCCAAAGGAUACUAUGGAGAUUCCUUACAUCCCAGUUCUAUUCAAACAGUUAAGGGUCGUGGGUUCGCUUGUCGCGCCCCGCCAUGUGGUGAAGAAGAUGUUCGACUUUGCCGCAUUACACAAUAUCAGGCCUGAGAUCGAGGAACUUGAGAUGAGUACCAAGGGCUGUCGCGAAGCAUGCCGACGUGUCAUCGAGCAGCGGGCACGAUACCGCGUGGUUCUCAACGUUCCUGAGCGAUUGGCCCUCUAA